AUUUCCCAGAGUCCAUUGCUGUGGACAGACGCAAGAAGGUCGCGUUUAGCAGCAGAAGCACUGUACUGUCACCGGGUAAACCAGACAACAAUCAUGCUGGGACAAGCUGUGAGGCGAUUCGCCACAUCUGCUGUUCGUUCUUCUCACUAUGCUGAAGGACCAGGGAAGAACCUGCCCUUCUCUGUGGACAACAAGUGGCGUCUGCUGGGCAUGAUGGUGUUGUUCUUCGGCAGCGGCUUUGCAUUCCCCUUCAUCGUCGUCAGGCACCAGAUCCUGAAGAAGUGAAAUGGCCCGGUGUUGUUACUCAGCCUCCGAGGUUGUCAGCUGGAACGAAUUUAUCCAUCUGCGUUCAGUCUGUGCAGAAGAAUGGGAAUCACUUGAUUUUGUUUGUAAAUAAAGUUACCUUAAAGAUGAA